AUGGACCGUCUGUACUCUGCCGAUGAUCUGUACACGGUUCAGCAGAGAGAAGACGAACCCCUACAGGAAUACGCUACGUGCUUUAGUCAUGAAUACUCGAGGUGUCCGGAAACGGACGAUAGGGCAGCCUACGGUGCAUUCAAGAGUGACCUUCAGUCCGCUCACUUUCGGCGGCAGUCCACGCCAUGGCUGAAUAUUUCAACUCCAAGUCCGAGCCUUAGGCUCGACAGGAGGAAUCAGAACCAAAGAGCUAUCCUGGGCGGACUGAAGACUCUUUGGCAGGUCACAAGCGAAAGGACGACCGUGAUAAUCGGCAAGGGAGCUCGAAGAAGGGGUGUGGGAAAUACGGUCGCAAGAAUGGUUUUCUCUUUGAUCUUUGAACAGUAA